GAGGAAGAGGAGGAGGAGGUUGAAAAGGCCAUGCACGGACCCCUAUUUCUGAUGAUAUAAGAGCAACUUUGGUGGACCAUGUCAUCAACCAUGGCCUGACUAUGAGGGAAGCUGGGCAGAGAGUCCACCCACAUCUAAGCCGCUUCACAGUGGCAUCUGUAAUAAGAACAUUUCGACUAGAAAACAGAAUGACUAGAAGACCUUCUGGGGGAGGACGCCAACGCCUGUUCACACAACAGCAGGAACUUGCCGUUGUGGACCUAGUGAGGGCAGACAAUGCCAUCCGUCUCCACCAGCUACGACAGAAAAUACUUGCAGACAGGCAAGUGUUCAACAACAUAAACCAUGUGAGCAUCACCACCAUCAGACGCAUCUUGGGAAAACACAACAUCACCAUGAAGCAGCUCUACAGGGUCCCAUUUGAGAGGAACAGCGUCAGGGUCAAAGGACUUCGAGCUGAAUAUGUACGGAGAAUCUUGGCCAUGGAUGGAGCUGCACAGCCUCAUGAAUUCAUUUUCAUUGAUGAAGCUGGAUUCGACCUGAGCAAAACAAGGCGACGGGAUCGUAAUGUAAUUGGCCAAAGGGUAAUUGUGCAUGUCCCAGGGCAGCGCGGGGGAAAUAUCACAUUGUGUGCCGCCAUAAGCCUUCGAGGGCUUCUGCAUCAUCAUGCAAAACUAUGUCCAUACAAUAGCCAACAUAUACUCACAUUUCUAGAUGCUCUCGAUAAUAUAGUUGUACAGAACAGACCAGAUCAGCCCAGGUUUGUGGUGGUAUGGGAUAAUGUCAGUUUCCAUCUUUUCAGCUUGGAGAUAGCGUGUAUAUGACCGCCAACCACAUGCCCGCAUGCCUCUUCUGCAGGCAAUGGAACAGGCCUGCGGCGACAUUCAGGUGACAGCAAUCCAUGGAUGGUUUCGACAUGUAAGGGGAUAUUUUCCCCGGUGCCUAGCGGGAGAAGACAUUGCUUGUGAUGUUGAUGAGAUCCUGUGGCCAGACCCCAACAGACGGCGGGAUCCAUGAGCCCACGUAUGCACAAUUGUGUUUUUCUGUGUUUACAGUAGUGUAUUGUUUGUUUUAAUUUUGAUUUAACUGAAUUUAGUGUACUGUAAAAUAUACUACUGUAAUGUAAUGAUUUUGAAAUCAGUAUUUCAUUUUUUGGUUGUUGUGAAAACAUGCCCUCUGUGGAACUGAAUAAAAAUAUUGAAAACAAAAGACUGCAGUGUUUUAUAUAAAGUAGACUAGUGUGUUGCUGCUGAUCUGAAAGUGUAUUCAUAUGAUGCAAGUGGGUAUCAUUUUGUCAUCAGAGUGACAUUUUGACAAAGGAUUGUCAGGUUUUGAUAGCAGAGUUUCAGUUUGACAUAGAUGUGAAUGGUUUAUUUCCCAGUGUUGUGUCUUAUUUGCUUGUGUGUAGAGUUUUGACACAAUGAGCCAAAUUUAGCUAAAUGUGUGUAAGCAAUAGGCAAAAACUGUAAAUAAAAAUAGCUAGAGAGACACCAGAAUUCUCUAUUACAUUCUGUUGUGCUUCUAUGCACAUGCUGUUCAAAUAUGUUGUGCUGUGGAUUGCUGAGGAAACUUCUCUCUCUCUCUCUCUCUCUCUCUCUCUUUGAAGGGCCUUUUUAUUUUAAAAAUGUGCUUUGUGUCCUUUUCUAUUUGCUUAGAGGCAUUUGUAAACUACAGUACUAAAGUUUAGCAGAAAUUUUUCACAUUAUCUUUUUGCACCAAAUAGAGAGUAGUAUUGAUAACCAGUAUCGGUGUUGGUAUCGAUCAAAUUCAAACAAUACCCAUCCCUAUUCCUAAGUGAUGAGAAGUGUGAAUUUUAAUUUAAAUAGAAAAUGUGUCAUAUUAUAGAGCCUCUGACACCCUGAGCAGAACUUAAAGCUCAGAUUGAGUCUCAUGUUCUGUUAUCAUGUCUGUUAAAAUUUAGUUCAUUUUAAGCAUGCUGAAUUAUUAUUCAAUGAUGGUAUGAUAAAACUCUUCUUGUUAAUCUCUAAAGCUCACAUUGAUCCAUUCUGAAAGAAACUCUCUC